CCCUCAUCAUGAUGUACGAGUCGUAUCUAUUCACACUCAUCAUGCCAGCCGCAAUCCUCGCCUACAUCAACGCAGACCUGGGCCCCGACCCUAAAUAUCCGUGGAUCACCGUCUGCUGGAAUCUCGGAGCCGCCAUUAUUGUGACCGUUGGCGGCCGUCUAGCAGACAUCUUUGGUCGUCGCUGGUUUCUCCUCACCGGUGCCAUCUCCGCUGCCAUUGGCGCCCUGGUCGGAGCGACAGGUCAUUCUAUCGCGCAGAUGAUUGUCUCUGGUGUGCUUUUCGGAUUCGGUGGUGGCUUUCAGGAGAUGUGUUUUGCGUGUGCGCAGGAGCUCGUGCCGAAUCGGUAUCGCUUUACUACGCUCGGUGUCAUGAUCCUUGCGAACCAUGUCAGCAGUUUCGGGCCGUUGAUUGCGUAUGCGUUUGUCGCGUAUACGGAGAUUGGCUGGCGGGCUUGCUAUUGGUUUUGCUUCGCGUUUGAGAUGGCGACGGCCGUUAUGCUUUGGGUCUUCUAUCGCCCGCCUAGUUUUGAAACGAAGCAUGAGGAUGAUGGGAAGGGUAAGUGGCAGCUGGUCAAGGAGCUGGACCAUGUGGGGUUGUGGUUGUUUACUGCGGGAUGUCUUUUGCUGCUGUUAGGCUUGAACUGGGGAGGCGUCACGUAUCCUUGGUCUAGUGCACACGUUGUCGCGCCCAUCGUCGUUGCAUUCGCAUGUUUCGUCGCCCUGGGGCUAUGGGAGGUCUACGCCACCUUGAAGUAUCCAAUUCUCCCACCAAAAUUGUUCAAGAAAUGGCGCGACUUUACGGCACUCCUUGUUGUCUGUUUUGUCGCCGGCAUGCUCUAUUACUCAAUGAACGUCCUUUGGCCACGCCAAUCCACGCUCCUUUUUCUCAACUCAAACGACACCAUCAUCCGAGGUGUAUACGCCAACAUGGUAUCUUUUGGCACCAUCAUCGCUGGAUGGUACUGUGUUAGCUUGAUGCCAAUUUUAGGCCACGAGAGAUGGCAGCUCACAGGGUUCAUCACGGCCCAGACUGCGCUCAUUGCGUCUAUGGCCAGCAUCGGAAUCAACGACAAAGCGCAGGCUAUCGCCACCGUGGUCAUCGUUUCAGCAUGCAAUCUACCACCCAGCCCCCUCAGCUUCGGCAUGGUCAGUCUCGGUCUCGACGAUCAAGCUGAUAUCGGUGUCGCUGUUGGCCUAAUAUCCACGUUCCGCCUCAUCGGAGGCGCGGUCGCGACGUCAAUCUACGUCUCCAUCUACACCUCGCGAUACGCUAAUAAUAUAAGCCCUACACUGCAACGCAUGGUAGAUGGCACAGGGUUUUCAGGGUCGUUUUCGGCGUUGCUCAAAGCCACCACGUUGAACACGCCGGCGGCAUACGCAAAGGUGCCUGGCAUCAAUCCAAAAACCAUCCAAGCGGCGAUGCUGGCCGUCAAGACGUCUUAUGUCGGAGCAUUCAAGGUCGUAUACCUGGUAGCUAUCGCCUUCGGCGCCUGUGCGAUCGCUAGUGCUUUAAGUACGCGUAGUGUGAAAAAGAGCAACAAGAGCAAUGCGCAGGCUGUGCAUCUUGAGACAGAGAAGGAUGCUAGCAGAGUGUAAGGAUAAACUUGGAAGACGGCGUCAGAUAUGUUUCUAUUGUGCAGCAAAAGUCAAUUCCGAUGCUCGCCCAGAACAAUCUGGUCAUUGAAUAACGC